ACGAACGACGAAUCGAUCCGCCGGAAAUUCCUAAACUGCAUCGCUGAGCUACUUGACCACACAAAGGGCGGAAGAUACGUUGCGGCCCCGGCACUACGAGAGAAGGAGAGUUCGGUAGAGAUCGACGUUACAAGCAAUAGCCCAUUCCAACCCAGCGAUGCUGGAAGCGGCCGAGAUGCCGGUGUACACGAAGAGGCGCCGGCGCAUAGUACCCUCUCCAAUCUGCAGGAUUCCUGCUGCCGCCCCCUCCUCGAGGUGACCGUAGCCCGCAGUGCCAGUCGGGUGGACGGGUGGAUAAAGGAGUUUGCGAAGCUCGUUGGCGGCACGUUGAUGCUGCCAGCCGCGGCAAUACCGCCUAUUGACGGAGCGUCUCCGCUCGACCUCUGUCAAGAUGACCAGCUGCCGGCGAUUCUAGAUGUGGUGGUGCGCGAGCUCGCACUCCGGGUCCAGGUUACGCGAACCAGGAAGUUAAAAGCAGCCGACAGGCUGAGCAUUGUCCGGCUGGCCGCCCGAAUCGCCCAAUCGCCUGAUGCGGCUUCGGCCGGCCUGAAGCGGCUUGCCCCCUUGAUGAACGGCAGUAAAGCUGUCAGGCUCUGCCGUCUGAUGGCGAGACCCGACGCCAACCUACGCACGCUCGCCCGCAUCGCCCAGCUCCUUCCGAGCUUCCGCGCAGUCACCUUCAUCCAAGUCACGCCGCCGGCCAGAAUACGGCUCAGCCGCGAGCAGAUGCCCAGCUUUGCAGACGCGUGGGAACGGCUCGGCCUACCCAAGUCUAGCCGGCUCCCCGGGUCCUUGUCCCGCAAACAGUCCCGGUUCCGUAAAGACUGCGCCCGCGCCUUCCCAGUCCACUGUGACGCCCAGCUGCUGCUGCGGUAUGAAGCCGACCCCUCGUUGGCGCCGUCGCUGCCCUAUAUCGGCUGCAGCAAGAGGGCCUGCUUUCUCUGCCACGCCCUACUCUCGGUACUGGCGCUCCAGAUAAAGCUGCGCGGGCACCACGGGCACUGCUAUCCCCUCUGGGGCGUCGGCCUUGCACAGUCCGUGAGCCUGCGCCCUCAGUUCCGCCAGCUGUGCGCCAUGGUUCAUGAGAAGAUUGCCACCCAGCCGUGCAGCCGGAACACCAGGCCCGUGACCAUCGGCAUCCCGCAAUCAUCGGCUGUGUCGGAGCUGAGGUCAGCAGUUGUUGAGGUGCUCCGACAGCAGUCUGACCGUCGCGAGAGCCUCGAGCGGGAAAACCAGGAGUUCCGCGAGAGAAUGCAGAUCUUGUUAGGAAACCUAACCCCGCCCUAG